UUAAUCCUAACCACGUGGGGCCGGAGCCGAAGCGCCUGCGGACGGCCUACACGCGCCAGCAGGUUCUGGAGCUCGAGAAGGAGUUCCACUUCAGCCGCUACCUCACGCGCCGCCGCCGCGUCGAGGUGGCCCACGCGCUCUGCUUGUCGGAGCGGCAGGUGAAGGUGUGGUUCCAGAACCGGCGCAUGCGCUGGAAGAAGGACAACAAGCUGCCCAACACCAAGGGGAGGAGCAAAAACAAGAAGGCGACGGACAACAACAACAACAACAACAACAACAACAACAACAACAAC